CGCGCGCCACGGAUAACCGGAAGCGCUGAUCGGUAAUACACGGCGAGACGAGUGACACCAAAUCUCAGUUUUUUUUUAUCAAUGGAGGACUGAUUCAUCAAUUCCUCGAACGGGUCGAUGUGUACCGGGAGAUUUCGUUCAUAUGAUCAGAAGAAUAUAUCACAUGUUUUUAUACUCAGAGGAAUUGUGAGGGUGAAAUUAUCCGAGGCGACGGUAUCUACCUUUCCAUAGAUCCGCACCUGACAGGCAUUUCCAUGAUCAUCGCCGAUUAAUGCUUAACAGUGUCGUGUAUGGUGAUCUCGAAGCCGUCAUGCAACUGCCUUCCUCCGGUGUGGAAGGGCGUACUCCUCUGGUAAGCUUGCCUACGGUAUGGAAAUAAACGAGAAACGUCAACAUGGCGCAGCUGCUCCACUCAUCCCUCGGUCGAAAUCGAUAAAGCCCCCCAUGUCCCUGCAGUCAGUCUAGGUCCUCCUCAGAGAGCAGGAUGAGAAAAUGGCCGCCCAGCUUCUUGUUCCUCCCGGACCUGAAAGCUUCCGGCGGUUCUGCCCGGAGUCCCUGGCCGCCAUCGAGAGGCGCAUCGCUGAGGAGAUCGCACGGAAGCCCAAGGACGCAAGGCGGUGCGACCCAGAUGACGAGAAUGGACCCAAGCCCAACAGUGACCUGGAGGCAGGGAAGUCCCUGCCCUUCAUCUACGGAGACAUCCCAUCUGGCCUGGUGUCCGUACCACUGGAGGACCUGGACACCUACUAUCAUAACCAGACAACGUUUAUAGUGUUAAACCGUGGGAAGGCCAUCUUCCGCUUCAAUGCCACCCCUGCCCUCUACAUCCUUAGCCCCUUCAACCUGAUGCGAAGAAUCGCCAUCAAAGUGCUUGUGCAUUCGAUGUUCAGUUUUUUCAUCAUGUGCACUAUUCUGACCAACUGCGCCUUCAUGACGCUGAGCAAUCCACCAGACUGGGCCAAAAAUGUUGAGUACACGUUCACAGGGAUCUACACGUUUGAGUCCCUUAUCAAGAUCCUGGCGCGGGGAUUCUGUGUGGGGAAGUUCACCUUCCUUAGGGAUCCUUGGAACUGGCUCGACUUCAGUGUUAUCUCCAUGGCAUAUGUGACAGAAUUUGUGGACCUCGGCAAUGUCUCUGCACUCCGAACCUUCAGGGUUCUCCGGGCUCUCAAAACUAUAUCAGUCAUCCCAGGCCUGAAGACCAUUGUGGGCGCUCUGAUCCAGUCGGUGAAGAAGCUGUCGGACGUGAUGAUCCUGACGGUGUUCUGCCUGAGCGUGUUCGCUCUCAUUGGCCUGCAGCUCUUCAUGGGCAACCUACGGCAGAAAUGCGUGCGGAUCCCCACGAACGAUACCACGCCCAUACCCACUGGCCUGCCGCCCAACCACACUGCACUGGGCAGUGCCGAAGACCAGGAACUGCUGGCCAGCAUGAGCCUGAUGACGUUCAACAACACCUUUAACUGGACUGAGUACCUCAACAAUGAAACCAACUAUUACUAUCUACCAGGCCGGCGUGAUGCUCUACUCUGUGGAAAUGGCAGUGAUGCAGGGCAAUGCCCAGAGGGCUUUUCGUGCAUCAAGGCGGGUCGGAACCCGGACUACGGCUACACCAGCUUCGACACUUUUAGCUGGGCCUUCCUCUCGCUCUUCCGCCUCAUGACGCAGGACUACUGGGAGAACCUCUAUCAGCAGACCCUCCGUGCGGCUGGGAAGCCCUACAUGAUUUUCUUUGUGCUGGUGAUCUUUCUGGGCUCGUUCUACCUGGUCAACCUGAUCCUGGCCGUGGUGGCCAUGGCCUACGACGAGCAGAACCAAGCCACCAUCGAGGAGGCGCAGCAGAAGGAGGAGGAGUUCCAGGCCAUGCUGGAGCAGCUCAAGAGACAGCAGGAGGAGGCGCAGGUUGCCGCGGCGGCGACCACGGGCGAGAGUGGCGACUACAGCGCCAGCUGCGGCUGUCGGAGGGCCCCGUCGGAGGAGAGCUCGUCGGGUGGCGGCUCACGCCUCAGCUCCAAGAGCGCCAAGGAGCGCCGCAACCGCCGCAAGAAGCGAAGGCAACGCGAGGAGCAGGAGGAGGAAGAGGAGGAGGAAGUGGCCGAGAAGAGGGACGCAGAGAAGUUCCACAAGUCGGCGUCAGAGGACAGCAUCAAGCGCUCCUUCCGCUUCUCCAUUGACGCCAACCGCCUGUCCUACGAUAAGAAGUGCUCGACGCCCAAUCAGUCUCUCCUGAGCAUCUCGCGUGCCUCCCUCUUUUCCCCGCGCCGGACAAGCCGAGCGAGCCUCUUCAGCUUCCGGGACCGGGCACGCGACUUUGGCUCGGAGAAUGACUUCGCCGACGACGAGCACAGCACGUUUGAGGACAGCGAGAGCCGGCGCGGGUCGCUCUUCGUCCCGCGGCGCACCGACCGGCGAGGCUCCAACGUCAGCCAACGCAGCCUGGGGGCGCCGCGCAUUAUUCUGCCCGCCAAUGGGAAGAUGCACUGCACUGUCGACUGCAAUGGUGUGGUGUCGCUGGUCGGGGGCACGUCUGUGCCCACCUCGCCUGUUGGCAGGUUGCUUCCAGAGGGCACCACCACUGAGUCUGAUGUGAAGAAGAAGCGGUCAGGAUCUCACCGAACCUCUAUGGACUAUCUGGACGACACUGUGGCCAGGCAGAGGGCUCUGAGCGUGGCCAGCAUUCUCACCAACACAAUGGAGGAACUGGAGGAGUCUCGUCAGAAGUGCCCCCCCUGCUGGUACAAGUUUGCCAAUACCUUCUUGAUCUGGGACUGCUGCCAGGGGUGGCUGAAGAUCAAGGAGGUGGUCAACAUGGUGGUGAUGGACCCGUUUGUGGACCUGGCUAUCACCAUCUGCAUCGUGCUCAACACACUCUUCAUGGCCAUGGAGCACUACCCCAUGACCAAGGAGUUCAACGAUGUCCUCUCUGUGGGAAACCUGGUGUUCACUGGCAUCUUCACAGCUGAGAUGUGCUUCAAGGUCAUCGCCCUCGACCCUUACUACUAUUUCCAGGAAGGCUGGAACAUCUUUGACGGUAUCAUUGUCAGCCUGAGCUUGAUGGAGUUGGGUCUAGCUAAUGUGGAGGGUCUUUCUGUUCUACGGUCAUUCAGAUUGUUAAGGGUAUUUAAGCUGGCCAAGUCCUGGCCCACACUCAACAUGCUCAUCAAGAUCAUCGGCAACUCUGUGGGCGCCCUGGGAAAUUUGACCCUUGUGCUGGCCAUCAUCGUUUUCAUCUUCGCUGUGGUGGGCAUGCAGCUGUUUGGCAAGAGCUACCGCGACUGUGUGUGCAAGAUCUCGUCCGACUGCGAGCUGCCCCGCUGGCAUAUGAACGACUUCUUCCACUCCUUCCUCAUCGUGUUCCGCGUACUGUGUGGCGAGUGGAUCGAGACCAUGUGGGACUGUAUGGAGGUGGCCGGCCAGACCAUGUGCAUCAUUGUCUUCAUGCUGGUCAUGGUCAUCGGGAACCUGGUGGUUCUAAACCUCUUUCUGGCCUUGCUGCUGAGCUCGUUCAGUGCGGACAACCUGGCGGCGACGGAUGACGACAGCGAGAUGAACAACCUGCAGAUCGCCAUGGGCCGCAUCCACAACGGCAUUGCAUUCAUCAAGGCAGCUAUGCGGCAGUUCCUGCAGAGCCUGUGCUUGGGCGCGGGGGGCAAGCCAGGGGCGCUGGACGAAGAGAAGCCCCUGGACGACCUCCACAGUGAUGUGGCCAAGGAGAACUGCCUGACCAAUCACACAAGCCUGGUGGUCAGUGUUGGUGUUGGUGUCGGUGCGGGCGGGGAGAUCACCAAGGACUUCCUAAAGACAGAGAGUGGAGGUGGCGGUGGUGGCCAUGUCACCACGGGCAACGGGGUGGACGGGCGGGGUGGUUAUGGGAUGGAGGAGGGCGACUACACGUCGUUCAUCCACAACCCGAGCCUGACCGUCACUGUGCCCAUCGCGGUCGGCGAGUCUGACUUCGAGAACCUGAACACGGAGGACUUCAGCAGCGACUCCUCAGAUGUGGAGGGAAGUAAAGAGAAGCUUCCGGUAGACAGGCAGCUCAGUUCGUCAGAGGGGAGCACGGUGGACAUCCGACCCCCAGGGGAGGGGCCUGAGGGCUCCAUAGAACUGGAGACAGAGGAGUCCUUGGAUCCGGAGGCCUGCUUCACUGAAGACUGUGUGAGGCGUUUCCAGUGCUGCCAGGUAAAUGUGGAGGUGGGUCGCUGGAAGAGCUGGUGGACGCUAAGGAAGACCUGCUUCAGGAUCGUGGAGCACAACUGGUUCGAGACCUUCAUCAUCUUCAUGAUCCUUCUUAGCAGUGGUGCUCUGGCCUUUGAAGACAUUUACAUUGAGCAGAGGAAGACAGUGAAGACCAUGCUGGAGUAUGCUGAUAAAGUCUUCACCUACGUGUUCAUCCUGGAGAUGUUGCUGAAAUGGGUGGCCUACGGCUUCGUCAAGUACUUUACCAACGCCUGGUGCUGGCUGGACUUCCUCAUUGUCGACGUGUCAGUGGUGAGCCUGUUAGCAAACGCUCUUGGUUAUUCGGAACUGAGCGCCAUCAAGUCCCUGAGGACUCUACGAGCACUGAGACCCCUGAGAGCCCUGUCACGCUUUGAGGGCAUGAGGGUGGUGGUGAACGCUCUGCUGGGCGCCAUCCCCUCCAUCAUGAACGUGCUGCUGGUGUGCCUUAUCUUCUGGCUCAUCUUCAGCAUCAUGGGCGUCAACCUGUUCGCCGGCAAGUACUACCACUGUGUCAACAGCACCACGGAUGAGCUGCUGUCUGUUUCACUGGUCAACAACAAGACAGAGUGCCUGGCACUGGUCAACGACAGCGCCCGCUGGAAGAACGUCAAGAUCAACUUCGACAACGUGGGCGCGGGCUACCUGGCACUGCUGCAAGUGGCUACAUUUAAAGGAUGGAUGGAUAUCAUGUAUGCGGCUGUGGACUCACGCAAUCUGGAGGAGCAACCCAUGUACGAGGUGAACCUGUACAUGUAUCUCUACUUCGUCAUCUUCAUCAUCUUCGGCUCCUUCUUCACCCUCAACCUCUUCAUUGGUGUCAUCAUCGACAACUUCAACCAGCAGAAGAAAAAGUUUGGAGGUCAGGACAUCUUCAUGACAGAGGAACAGAAGAAGUAUUACAAUGCCAUGAAAAAGCUUGGAUCCAAGAAACCACAGAAACCAAUUCCAAGGCCAAUGAACAAGUUCCAGGGCUGCGUGUUUGACUUUGUCACCAAGCAAGCCUUCGACAUUGUUAUUAUGAUCCUGAUCUGCCUGAACAUGGUGACUAUGAUGGUGGAGACGGACGACCAGACCACGGACAUGGACACUUGCCUCUACUGGAUCAACCUGGUCUUUAUUGUUCUCUUCACUGGCGAGUGUAGCCUCAAGAUGAUCUCGCUGCGACAUUAUUACUUCUCUCUGGGAUGGAACAUUUUCGACUUUGUGGUGGUCAUCUUGUCCAUUGUUGGUAUGUUCCUCUCGGACGUCAUCGAGAAGUACUUUGUGUCGCCAACGCUGUUCCGAGUCAUCCGUCUUGCUCGGAUUGGCCGCAUCCUGCGUCUCAUCAAAGGCGCCAAGGGCAUCCGCACGCUUCUCUUCGCCCUCAUGAUGUCACUUCCUGCUCUCUUCAACAUCGGCCUCCUCCUCUUCCUUGUCAUGUUCAUCUACGCCAUCUUUGGCAUGUCCAACUUCGCCUAUGUGAAGCAUGAGGCGGGCAUCGACGAUAUGUUCAACUUCGAGACGUUUGGCAACUCCAUGCUCUGCCUGUUCCAGAUCACGACAUCAGGCGGCUGGGACGGACUCCUGGCGCCCAUCCUGAACAACAAGGAGCCCGACUGCAGCUACCGGAUGGAACACCCUGGCAGCUCAGUGCGCGGCAACUGCGGCAACCCGUCGGUGGGCAUCUUCUUCUUCGUCUCGUACAUCAUCAUCUGCUUCCUGAUCGUGGUCAACAUGUACAUCGCCGUCAUCCUGGAGAACUUCAGUGUGGCCACGGAGGAGAGCGCGGAGCCACUGAGCGAGGAUGACUUCGAGAUGUUCUAUGAGGUGUGGGAGCGCUUUGACCCGGACGCCACACAGUUCGUAGAGUACGACAAGCUGCCCGAAUUCGCCGACGCACUUGACCCUCCGUUGCGCAUUCCCAAGCCAAACAAGAUCCAGCUGAUCGCCAUGGAUCUGCCCAUGGUGAGCGGCGACCGCAUCCACUGUCUGGACAUCCUCUUCGCUUUCACCCUGCGCGUGCUCGGCGAAGAGGGUGAGAUGGACGCGCUGAGGGGUCAGAUGGAGGAGCGCUUCAUGGCCUCCAACCCUUCCAAGGUGUCCUACGAGCCCAUCACCACCACGCUACGCCGCAAGCAGGAGGAGAUGUCCGCCACGAUCAUCCAGCGUGCCUUCCGACGCUACCACCUACGCCGGACAGUCAAGCGCGCCUCCAACAUGUACCGUCAGCUGCAAGACGGUGGGGCCGUCAUCGGCCGGGGCGGCGAGAAAGUUCCCGACAAGGAGGUGCUGGUGAUUGUCAAGUUCAACGAGAACUCGGCCUCGGACAAAACGGACAUGACCCCCUCAUCGGCCUCGCCGCCCUCCUACAACAGCGUUGCCAAGUCCGACAAGGACAAGUACGAGAAGGACAGACGGGAGAAAGAAGACAAAGCGAAAGACACUCGAGACAGGAAGAAGUGAAGUGGGACUGGACUAGACUAGACUGGGCCCCCUGGGCAGAGCCUGAGACUGAUGGAAAAAUGAGGUUGGGAGACUGGCCGGGGUGUGAUUUUAUUGAUUGCAGAGCUUGGGAACCUCCCCCACCAAAAGGUGUGUGUGUGUAUGUAUGUAUGUAUGUGUGUAUGUGUGUGUGUGUGUGUGUAUGACAACAAUGUGAAGUGAGCUAGCACACACAUUACGACAAUGAUGGUGGUGAGGGGAGGUUUUUUUGGGGGGAAUUGCUCAUAUAAGUUAAUGGUGCCACAACAUUGGGAAUGCCACAAACGGGUGGUUAGGUAUAACUGAUGAAGUUAUGUGCGUUCCCCCCAUUGUAGGACACAGUGCUGCUAAAGGCGAGCGAUAGAGGCCACUUCCGAGUCUCCAACAAGGGAAUGUGCAUUUCUAAGAUUUUAUUUAUUAUUCUGAGUGUUGUAACAAUCUGGAAGACAAACUGUAUACUGUUAUGUCUGCCUGUAGCUAGCGCUCCUAGCGCUCCGGCUGUAUUAUUUGCUUGCCUUCUUGCCAUCAUUUUAUGUUUUUGUUUGUAUUUCUUUUUUUAAAAAAAAAGAAAAUUGGGAUCUUAAUUAUACGGCACAUCAAUGUUUUCUACUCGUUUUUGAUUGUGACUAUAAUGAAGCAUAUCCCAGGUGCGAACACAGAACACCCAAACAAACACAUGAAUGACCUCCUCCAGGAGUCUAAGGUCACAAUGUAUGUCACAGCUUAGAGAACUAAUUAGAAGCCCUGGAGGUUGACAGGCAGGAAUGUGGCUGGUUAAAAGCCUCAAACAAAUGUACACAGGCACCUCGUCUGGCCCUCGAUAUCAGCAAGCUGGAUCAACACAGUUUACUUCAGCUCUGGCCAAGUUGAACUGAGGCUGUAGACUCAUGAGAGAAAGAGGCUGUGGACUCACGUGAAGUUGAGAUUGUAAACCCGUGUGAGGUUGAGGUUGUUGACUUGCGUUAGGGUGAGGCUGUAGACUCAUGAGAGAAAGAGGCUGUGGACUCACGUGAAGUUGAGAUUGUAAACCCGUGUGAGGUUGAGGUUGUUGACUUGCGUUAGGGUGAGGCUGUAGACUCAUGAGAGAAAGAGGCUGUGGACUCACGUGAAGUUGAGAUUGUAAACCCGUGUGAGGUUGAGGUUGUUGACUUGCGUUAGGGUGAGGCUGUAGACUCAUGAGAGAAAGAGGCUGUGGACUCACGUGAAGUUGAGAUUGUAAACCCGUGUGAGGUUGAGGUUGUUGACUUGCGUUAGGGUGAGACUGUAGACUCACGUGAGGUUGAGGCUGUAGACUUGUGUGAGGCUGGGGUUGUAGACUCAAGUGAGGUUGAGACCAGUCUCACUUGAGAUUGAGGCUGUAGACUCACGUGAGGUUGAGGCUGUAGACUUCCGUGAGGCUGUAGAAUCAAGUGAGGUUGUGAUUGUAGAUCCAACUAAGGUGGAGGCUGUAGACUCACGUCAGGUUGAGACUGUAGUCUCACGUAAGAUUGAGGCUGUAGACUCGCAUAAGGAUGAGGUUGUAGAUUUAUGUGAGAUUGAGGCUGUAGACUUGCAUAAGGAUGAGGUUGUAGAUUUAUGUGAGAUUGAGGCAGUACACUCAUGUAAGGAUGAGGUUGUUGAUUUAUGUCAGAUUGAGGCAGUACACUCAUGUAAGGAUGAGGUUGUAGAUUCAUGUGAGAUUGAGGCUGUACACUCAUGUAAGGAUGAGGUUGUAGAUUCAUGUGAGAUUGAUGCAGUACACUCACAGGAUUUUGAGGUUGUAGACUCACAUAACAUUAAGGUUGUCAACUCAAGUGAGGUGGCCCAAAGUGAGGUAAUGUCGAGUGAAGAGAAGGCCGAGCAGAACAAGGCUCAGUUUCGUCUGGCCGUGUUCCAAGACUGAGGUUGAGUCGAGUUCCUCAGCCACACAGAGCCUGAAUGUGCACCUGUCUACAGGUGCAACACAACAAACACAACACGCAUUACAAAUCAAAAUAGAAUGUCCUCUUAUCUCAGAGAUUUCCAAACACUCUUUUACACAUUCUCUCUCUGUCUCUCAUGUCUCCUCUGUUUUGAGUUACAUUUUCUUUUUCUGUCUAAACUUCCAGAACAAAUAGAAAACAGAAAACACACAAAAAAUAUGUUUCUAGAGGAUGAGAAAAUCUAGACUCACAUAUUUCUGCAAGGCGAAACAUAUAGAGUGUGGAUUUCAGUGUCUGUCUUUAACAAUACAUGGUAGUUCAUUUCAAUAUGAAUGAGCUAUUUUUCAUUCUAUAGUAAUCUAUUGGGUGGUGAAAUGUUUGUAUAUAAUGUACUCCAAGGUGUGGGCACACUAUGUAUCACAGCUAUGUAUGUGCUUCUGAAGAGCACUCUUCCUGAUUCUGUUACCUAUCAUAUUGUAUAUGGGUGCAUAUUACUUCUGUGGUAGUGAAUGCGCUAGAAUGUACGAAUCGGUAGUGUGUUUACGUGUGUGUGUGUGUGUGCGCAUUAGUGUGCUUGUACGCCCUUGGGCAUAUUUGCAAAUGUAUGUAUGACCAGGGUGUGUGUAUGUAUGUGUAUGUUUGUUUGUGCGUCCAUGUCUAUUCACACUUGUGUAUGAGAGUAUGUAUACAGAAUUGGACUUUGCUUUCUAAUUAUCAUGAAUAGUGUUUAUAUUGUAAAUAGUAGUUUUAAACUCAUGAAUUUCCAUGCUUUCUCGUCAGUUUUUUAAUCAUCAAGUUUGUUUACAUUCUGCUCAGUACCCGGUGAGGCCACAAAGCAUUGUGUGUCUAUGGUAAAUGUUUUCAGAACUAUGAUGCGAUCAGUAGCCAUCAUUAUCCAUAUGCCUUUAGUGUGGGUAGUCAACUGCAUGCUGAAUAGUAAUCCGCCACACAGUGACAUUAUUUUAAAAAGCCAAAAGAAUAAAGAUCAUAUUUUUUGUACGGAAAUGUCUGUUCAGUUUCUUUUUUUUGUGUUUGAUUUUAUUUUCCCUCAUGCAUACAAAUUUGAUGACAGAAAAAUGUGAAUAUUUCUGUUUUUAUGUCUGGCACAAUGAACUGCUGGAUGAAAUACAUAUAUAUUUGAUUUUAGAAAUCAUUUUAAUUCGUUUGGGGACAUAUUUCAUAUAUACACAGUAAAUAUAUUUAAUUUUCUUUCCCCUCAGAGAUCUAUGGAUAUUCACUUAACAAAAGCGAUAUUUUGGAUUUGUUAUAGUGUUCACUGUGUGACAUUUUUGUUCAGACCAAAGAUGUGACACGCUAACAUCUGAGUCCUUUCUUUUGAUUCUCUUUUCAAAAAUAAAGCACAUUUUUG